AUGGCGACGCAGGUGUUGAUAGCCCAUACGGGCCAGCGCCUGCAGGUGGACACGACACAGUUUUCUGCGCUCGAUGACCUCAAAGCCUGGAUCGCAAGGCAGACGUCGAUUCCGGCGCACCAGGUCGUUGCUUUGACUGCCCAAGGCCGGAGUGUCAAGCUGCAGACUCUCCACCAGGAGACCGAGAUCUACAUUUACGAUAUUCGAAUAUCGCAACCAAACUCCCCAAACGCCGCCUCGUCUCCAAAGUCCGAGCUCCCCCUUCCUAAGCGCUAUGCUGUCCCGAACGCUCCCAACUACAUCGGCAACAUUCGUGUUCUAUCAGAAUGGCAGGCUCUCUACAAGGAGCGCCAGGCAUGGGCCCGCGGCAUUGUUGACGACUCGGCACGUAUGACAGCCGAGAUUCAGGAGCGGUAUAGCGAAAUGGACGUCAUGGUCAAAUGCCUCGAUGCGGCUGUGGCCAACCUGGAGAUUAGUGUGAAACAGAUUGAGCCAAAGUACGCAGAGCUCAAGAAAUGGGUAGAACCUGCGCUGGGCGAGUACGAGCAGCUUGCCGAGAACUGGGAGCACUACCUCACCGUGGCGCGCAGUGUGCCCAUCUCUGCUGCUAUGGUGCGUUUCAUGACCUCCAGGGACCUCAAGAAGAAGACGACGACGCUGGAAGACCUGAUCGAGAUCGACACUGCAAAGAAGUCGGGACGGUUGGCGCCGACGUCCUUGAAAAAGUUCACCACCAAGGCGACGGAUCUGGAGAAGGCCGCGAAAAUGAUGUAUGGCGGACUUGAGCAGCUGAUAGGAGACUUUGACAGCCUUGUUGGUCGUUCGGCGCUGUCGCACAGUGGCGAGGCGCAGCAAUUGCUCCAGGAUGUCGAAGCCGUGGCUAAGAAGAUAGAGACUGAUUACCACAUCGUCUUGGAGUACCAGGAUACGCAGCCCAACGUCCUUCAAGCCUCACGGACGGCGGAGAACCACACGUCACGCCUCAUCCCAAGUUUGAAGAAGCGCUCCGCGGAGAUGGAUGAUAUGUUGCUCUAUGUCACGCAGGCACGGAACGCGAUAUCGGCCGAUUCAAUUAGUUUUAUGCGCAACAUCACCGAGAUCACCACAUUACACAGCAGCGUUAAAAAUCAGAUUAAUGUCUUGAACCAAGCUGAGGACGACAUGACGACCUUUGACUAUUUGCGUCUCAUUCACCAGCUCCCGUACAUGUACGCCUCUUUCGUCUCCGAAGCUGUCCGUCGCCGAGAGUGGUCCGACAAGAUCAAGACGGAUUCGUCGACACUGGCCAACGAGAUGGCGCUGUUCCAGGACGAGGAGUCAAAGAGACGGAGGAAGUGGCACAAAAUGGUCGGCAGCAUGUACGGAUCAGACAAAACCGAGGCAAACGUACUUGGACUCGAGGUCAACUUGCUCGGCGAAGAGGAAACGUGGCCCAGCAUGGUCAAGCGAGACCUUGAAGAAUUCCUGGAACACCUCCAGAAGCAACAAGCCGAAGUGGAUAUCAUUGAGGAUGUGAUGAAGCUUGUGAAUGAGUUGAGCAGUCCUACGAAGCAGCAGUCGAAGAGGUUGAAGGCCUUUAAGAAUGGUAGUGUCCACGAAGCCGCCCUUGGACGAAGUGGCUUGAUGAUCCGUGGGGAUGAUGAGUUGCUGCGAAGCCUCCAAGACGACAAAUCAAAGCUCGAGAAUAAGUUAAAGACGGCAGAAAGUCGCGUUCGAAGAUUGGAAGACUUGCUUCACAGACAAAGCGCAGCAUCUCGACCCGGUAUUGGGGGCUUAUUCGGACACGAGAGGAAUGAUUCGACCAACUCCGUUAGGUCAACAGCGACAGUUGAUGACCAUCGCCGUUCCGCAGGAAAUUCAGAAGCGCUCUUGCAAAGAAUACAGCAGCUCGAAGGUGAACUAAACGCUCGUCGAGCAUCUGAUCAAUCCGAGGCUUUGGCGAAGAGAGUACAGCAACUGGAGAGCGAAUUGGAAAAGCGCCAAUCGUCCAACGAUGCCGAGGUUCAGCAAAGAAUACAGCACCUUGAAAGCGAGCUCAAUGCUGAAAAGGAGAAAUCUACAGCGUUCGAAAAGGACCUCAGCGUCCGGGCUACAGCGCACGACGACGUCAAGGACCGAAUGGAGGAGGCCAACUCUACUAAGAAGGAGCUUCUCGAGAACAUGGAGGCCCUGCAGCGGGAAUUCGUCGAAGAGCGCAAGUCACUGGAAAACGAGAUCAAGGGACUCAAGGCCCGCAUCGAAGACACCGAAGAUGAGAUUGAGAACUUU